AUGUCUGCUCCUCGUACAUCACUCCGCGCUAUUCGUGCUGUCUCCAAGCCUACUGCUGCCCCCUCUGCUCGCCGUAACCUACACAUCACCGGCGUGCAAUCAGCUCAACCCGCCAACGGAAGUGAAAAGGCCAUCUCCAACCAUGACCUCCUCCAAUCCCGUGCCUUCAGCAUCGCUAUGCGCAGAAUCAACGGCAGUGCCUUCUCAGACUCCCCCUCCCCCCGCCAGUUUAACACAUCUCGCGCCUCGAAGGCCCUGAACGACAGCUCGUCCGUUGACUUCGUCUACAUGCCUUCCAUGGCCGACCUCGACGUUCCCACUCUCCACCGCGGCAUUCAAGUCCCGGUCCUCCCCGAACUCCCCUCAAUCCGGGGCCACGCCUCACCCUCCGCCCCACCCAUGAAGCCACAGAUCUACACCGUGUCCGGCAGCGGCGCUGACGUCGCUGCCAGCGCGAUGAGCGAGGUUGUUGACAACCACGCUGUCGAUCUGGACCCGUUCUCGCUUACUGAGGCUGUGGGUCGCUCCCGUGUUGGCGAGGAGAUGAAACGUCAAGAGAAAGGUCAGCCUGGUGCUUUCCGUGAGCUUUGGGCUGGUUUCCUUGAUGAUGUUAUGGGACCCAAGGAGAGCUUGCAGAGGAAGUAG